CCUAAGUUCAUGACCCUAGCUUCUUCCUUAUUAACAUCGUUAGGACCCACAAGCCAAUAUGGGGCGCCGACCAGCUAGAUGUUAUCGGUAUUGUAAGAACAAACCUUACCCAAAAUCAAGAUUUUGUCGUGGUGUACCCGACCCAAAGAUUCGUAUCUUUGAUCUUGGAAAAAAGAAAGCUUCCGUAGAAGACUUUCCAUUAUGCGUGCACUUAGUGUCAGACGAGUAUGAACAGCUCAGUUCCGAAGCCCUUGAAGCAGGACGUAUUUGUGCAAACAAAUACAUGGUGAAAAAUGCUGGAAAAGAUCAGUUCCAUAUUCGUAUGAGACUUCACCCAUUCCAUGUUAUUCGCAUCAAUAAAAUGUUAUCGUGUGCUGGAGCUGAUAGGCUCCAAACUGGAAUGAGAGGAGCUUUUGGUAAGCCACAGGGCACUGUAGCUAGGGUACACAUUGGACAACCUAUAAUGAGUGUACGUUCAUCAGAUCGUCAUAAGGCUGCUGUUAUCGAGGCAUUGCGUCGUGCAAAGUUCAAGUUCCCUGGCCGUCAGAAAAUUUAUGUCUCAAAGAAAUGGGGAUUUACAAAAUAUGACCGUGCUGAAUAUGAAGACUUGAAAACGGCUGGCCGCCUUGCUCCAGACGGUUGCAAUGUCAAGUAUCUGCCUGAACAUGGUCCUCUUGAAGAGUGGAAGAAAUUCAGAAAGAUUCUUGCUGAUAAUUAAGCAAAAAAAAAUCUUUUGGACUCCAAUUUCAUUAAAGAAAUUCUAAACAAA